CAAGGGGCGCUUGUUUAGCGCUUGAGCACUCAGACUUGAGUUUGACAUAGAGUACCGGAUGCUGCAUCGCGUCGAAGCUAGCUUAUUAGUUAAAAAGCAUAUAAAGAUGUGAACUAGAUGAAACUGCACCAAUGAUCCUGACAUUUCUAGGGUUAUUUCAGCUGUUCAUGAUGUCAGCAACUAGUCAUGGUUCCUCGACAGUAGCUGACGGUGGACAGACAUCAAAGAGUACUGAGGCAGAGCCAGGCACAAGUUGUGGGUGGGAUGAAGAAGAGGAAGAGAAUUUAGAGGACAUAGCAGCUGAUAUCUAUGAUUUGAUCAAGGAUAUCCGAGACCCAGAAAAACCUAACACACUGGAAGAGCUGGAAGUUGUUUUUGAGCAAGGGGUCAAAGUUCAUCCAUUGCAGGAGGGAUCCGAUAGAUACAUCAUCCGAGUGGAGUUCACACCAACAGUACCACACUGUUCACUGGCAACAUUGAUCGGUUUGUGCAUUAGAGUAAAGCUUGACAGAAGUCUUCCACAAAAACACAAGAUCGACAUCUUUAUCACCAAGGGAACACAUUCUACAGAGGAUGAAAUUAACAAACAAAUCAACGACAAAGAAAGAAUUGCUGCUGCCAUGGAGAAUCCUAACCUGAAGGAACUUGUGGAGAGAUGUGUAGCAGAUCACGAUGCUUGAAAUAGACCAGUACAAAUUGGAAAUAACAGUUCUAGCUGAAGCCAACAUAAUAUGCUUCCUGAGAAUUCCGACUUGUAUUUGUCUGCAUUACAAAGACCAGCCCAGAUGUUCUGUUUAAGUAUAGUUUAUUUAUAAUGGCAGUCUUUGCCAGUGACAUCUGAAAGGAACUUUUAAGAUAGAUGGAGCUGGGUGUAUUUCACCACUUUCUUAAAAACUCUCCAUAUAAACAUACCUUCAAGGGUUACAAAGUAGACAUCCUUCUAUUGAAAACCCAUCAGUGAAUGGCAGUGUGUGCUCAAGGUGCAUGCUUCAUUUUCUCAGAGUUUUGCAGUAACAACUUUGCUUUUUAUUAGCAAGUUGUAGGUCAAGGAGUUGAACAAACUUUUACUGAAGCUCAGAUGAUACUGUGCCCAGAUUCAUCUGUGGUGUGUCAAUAUCAUUUUGCACUUUGCUCUUUUCAGAGGGUAGUGUCAAGAACUAGCUUUACUUUCAUAUUUGAUAUUAAUGAGAUGCAUGAAGACUGUUUUCUGUCAGAUAUAAGCAAUGGGAGCACCCCUUCUUCCCUGCCUCAAGACCUGUGAUCAAAUCUGGGUUUGAGGAAGCCAGUAGGGACUGGUUUCCUGGCUAGUCUUCUCUUAAUCCUCCACUGAUGAUAACUGAAUGCUCUGUAUGAAAUAUUAACAAAAAUAUAUCACAGUAAUA